CUCUAGUCUGUGGUUCAUGUGUGGUUCAUUCAGAGUUGGUCUUGGUUGUGCGUUAAAUUUGGUUAAAUUGUAAAUUGAAAUAAUUACCUACAUAUUGUUUCAAUUUCUUCGAUUUACACAUUAAAUACAUUGCAAUGUCGUCUUCGACGAAACUAAAGGACAUAAAACCUGAGCCAAUAGCGUACAGCGAAGCUGCGCUUAGAAAUAAUGCGGCGGUUGUGGAAUACUGUAGGACUUCAAUGGCAGCUUUAUCAGGGUCUACGGCGGGUAUUUUGGGAUUAACAGGUCUAUAUGGUUUCGCCUUCUACGUAUUCGCAGUACUCAUUCUAUGGGUGAUGUUUAUGAUCAAAACUGGCCCAAAUUGGCACAAGUACUAUGUAUCUCGACAGAGUCUUUUAACUAACGGUUUCUUUGGUGCGCUGUUCACUUAUGUACUGUUUUGGACUUUUAUUUAUGGUAUGGUUCAUGUGUAUUAGAGUAUUUUACUGUGUAGGAGAAUGUUAAUAUUUCAUUUUGUAUUUAUAGGCGUUUGACUGGGAUGUUUAAUAUUAUAAGUUUUAAAAUACAUUUGUCAUUAAGAGAAGGUUGAUAUAAUAAUAUAUUAUUAUUUAUUUUGUAGUCAAGAUGAUCUAUAUCGAAUAGGGAAAUAAAGAAUGUAUAGUUGAACAUAAAAUUGCUUUGCAAGUGAAUUUAGAUCUUGUAGAUUUACAUUGUACUUGAAAAAUCAUGCAGCAGAUGGUAAAGCAAUUUUAUGGUUGAUGCUACAAUCAAAACCCUUAUCUGGUCAGAACUAUUAACUACAAAAAUCUUUUGUUUUGGACCACAUUUGACCUAAUCCUAUAUGCAUUUGUAAUUCAUUUAUUCCAGUGAAUAGUUUUGACAGGAAUUUCAGUCAAAACACUUUCAAAACAUUAUCAUUUUUGCUGUAGUUUUGUCAGAGUAAGGAUUCUGAUUGUAACAUACUGCUAUUGUAUUGUUAUGCUAUACAAAUUACAAGAAUUAACAUUUCUUACUAAUGAGUUGACUACAUUAGUAAGUAGAUGUCACAUAAUAUUAUUAUUAUAGCAAUAUUUAAAAAUG